AUGAGUACUUCCGGGCUCCGUGAGCUUCUCUUCUUGGAGGAUGCCGACACUUUGGCUGUCAUCGACCUUCCAUCGCGCGCUCCAGCUGGUUUCCUACAUCCUAGCUGUGCUCUUUCAAUAGGCCACCGAAUUCACAGCUGGAAGUUACUGGAAACAGGUUCCCCGUUCUUCCAUCGACAGUUCGAUCAGAAGACGCAAGAACGGAAUAUAAAGCGGCGCGGGGGCUUACCUGAUGGCAUCAAAUACAUUAUUGACUUAUCCCCUGCCACGACAGACGAAGAAGGCCUCCUCACUAUAGCGGAGCUUAGUUGCCCGCUCGGUUUAAGAACAUGGGCCGAUGCACAGGUUCGAUGGUCCCUUCCUACAAGCUUGGUCUCUGGGUUUGAGACGCCGGGUGACGAAAAAGAUGAGAAUGGCUACCUUGCCGAGUACUCGCCUGACAGACACCGCGCGGGCAUUGUUCACAUUCUGCGAGUGAUUGAAAACCUUAACGUUGAGCUCGAUACCCCCUGCAAGCUUUGGACGUUCUUCGCUGUGGCGAAGCUGUACGAGAUAGCGACGAUGCCUGAUGUUAGCGUCCGAGUUGCGUCUUGGGUUUAUGAGGACAAUAAUCGGCGCCUUAUAGAGGUCCAUCCGGAGAUCACUUAUCGACUAGGGAAGGGUAUUGAGUGCGCACAUCUUAUGCAGGAUUCAUACUGUGUUCUGGCUGGAGAGGAGGCUUUGCUGCUUCUGCACGAUUCUGGCGCUCCUACUCCCAACAAAGCAAAGGUUACUGUCCAUGAGAGAGUCCGAGAAUCCCUGGAUGAUGAUGACGAAGACCGAAUUCAAUACGCUGGCAAGUCACUCCUUGCCCAUGUCAUUGAGCAAUUCGUCGAGCUUGCGGGGAACGAGAUGCUCUGGCUGCAUGAAUCAACCGAAAUCCAAAAGGUUCUUUCACGCGAAACACAGACUCAGCACGCGUUGGAAAUCAAACAUGACCUCAUAUCCACCUUGAAGGACUUUGUACGGACUUCGAUUAUAUCGGUUCUUACCCAGCAAUGGAAGGCUUCGUUUCCAACGGACACUUGCCAGUCUAAAACCUACCCUAGAAAUGAUGUUCUGCAUGUUUAUAACAACUUGAGUUUGACACAGCGCUUAAUGACGAGAACGUUCUGGACACGCCUCAGAGACAAAAGACUCACCGAGAAUGCUGGCUCCGGAGAGGCUGAAGUGCUUCAGGGCACCUCCCUUCCUUGGGGCACCUCCCUUGCCAGUCUCGGCGGCAAUAUUGGGGCUUUUCGUGACCAGCACGACGCGAUCAUCCGCCGCGUGAGAAUGACAGAGCUAUGGGAGAAAGCCAGUGCAUUUAAUUGCCUUGUCAACAGCAUCCUCCCUCAAGAACACCAGAAAAAGUACUUCGGUGGUGGUGACGCAUAUGGACAAGAGGGAGCCUUCACUGUUGCUCUCUUCGUCGACGAAGCCGAUCAUCUCAUGCGGCAAUUUGUCAAGAGAAUGUGCGCACCGAGACGAGAGGGAAUGGAAUACAACUUCACGGAUACUCUCACCGGCCUUACCGAAAAACAGUAUCGGUUUCUUCCCCUAUGGGCUGGAGGCUGUGAUGAUGGAACUGGUGGCGUAUACGCAGACCAAGUUCCGUUCGCUGAGGCGGGUGGUUUUUCUACCCCGGGGCCUUCUAUCCAUACCGGCAGUGCUGCGCCCUCAACUGCACCUUCUAUCACUUCCUUCCUUGAGAGCACGGUCCAUGGUGCGUCCCACAGAGCUACCGAGGGAGCUUCCAGUGAAGUCAUCUCUCUCGAUUCAGAAGUCAUGUCCGAGGCAGACGCAGCCUCGGAAUUCGAGUUGGUGGACGAAGAGCUCUCUCUUGCGCUAGACUCUUCUGCAGACGACUUUGACGAUGAUGCUUUCGAUGAUAGCGAUAGUGAUGACACAGUUGUUUUGGACCAUGGCCAUAUCGGUGAUCUCGGCGAGUUCGAAGAACUGAGCUUGGACGACAGAGUAGUGAAACUUCCGAUUAGAGGAAAGAAGGAUGCUACAUAG